AUGUUGCCCUUUUCCAUCACUACUCUCCUUCUGUCGCUUGGUUCCUCGAACGUUGGAGGCUGCGAGCACAACCAUGAACCACAGAACCUGAACACGGAAUUUGCCCUCGCUCUCUACCAACGCUGGGCAGAGCGCAACCACGGAACCAACCUCGCCAUCUCCCCAGUGAGCGUGGCUCUUUCUUUGGGGCUACUGCAGUUUGGGGCGCAAGGGAGGACACUGGCCCAACUGCAGCAUGCUCUGGGAUACAGCACUCAUGGUAAGGCAACCUUCUGAGAAACAGCAUUUUGGUGAGCAGUGCAGGCUGACGUGAGCUUCGCCUGACAGCUUGGACUGUCCUGGUAGGCAGAGCAUAUAAAAACAAAAGCAAGUCAUCCAAGGGGACUUACUUCUGGGUUAACCCCCUUGCAUGCCAUGCUCUUCACUUCAAUGGGCUUUACAUGCGCAUCCUACACCUUUCAAGUACAUUCUUUCCCCCAAAGAGUUCUGGGCACUGAAGUUUACUCCUCACAGAGUUGCCUGUCCCAGCAACAAUGAAUGAAUUGCAGUGCCCAGAAUUCUUUCAGGAAAGAAUGUGCCUCGGGGGUUGGACUAGAUGGCCCUUAAAGGUAAAGGGACCCCUGACCAUUAGGUCCAGUCGCGAACGACUCUGGGGUUGCGGUGCUCAUCUCACUUUACUGGCCGAGGGAGCCGGUGUACAGCUUCCGGGUCAUGCGGCCAGCAGGACUAAGCCGCUUCUGGCGAACCAGAGCAGCACACGGAAAUUACCGUUUACUUUCCUGCCAGAGCGGUACCUAUUUAUCUACUUGCACUUUGACGUGCUUUCAAACUGCUAGGUGGGCAGGAGCAGGGACCGAGCAACGGGCGCUUACCCCGUCGCGGGGAUUCAAACCACCAACCUUCUGAUCGGCAAGUCCUAGACUCUGUGGUUUAACCCACAGCGCCACCCGCAUCCCAUAGAUGGCCCUUAGGUCCCUUCUGUCUCUACAGUUCUAUGAUUCUGUGGUGUGUGCUGAAAGCUAUCCACACUUUGGUUCUGUUGAAAUCAGUUAGUCACAGCUAUCUAAGUCCCAUUGAUUUAUGAAAGUGUGGCUAAUUUACAGCACAAUCCUAUGCAUGUCUACUCAGAAGUAAGCCCUGUUGACUUCAGCAGGGGUUACUCCCAAAUAAGUGGGUACAGGGUUGUGGAUUCGUAUCAGCAGGGGAGGGGGCUUUUGAUUUAACUGUCUCACCUGAAAUGGACAAUUUAUUGGGAAAGUGACUUAACAGUAUAAACUUAAUGAUGUCUACUCAGAACUAAGUCCUAGUUUAUUCCAUGGGGCUUGCUCCCAAGUAAAUGGACAAAGAAGUAAUUACAUGGCAAGAAUGUAAAACGAAAAGAAUAAUCUCAGAAUAAUUAUUACCACUAAUAUUGUGGUAGCAUCCAGCACAAUCCUGUAUAUGUCUACUCAGAGGCAAGUCCUGUUGAAUGCAGUGGCUCUUGCUCCCAGGUAAGUGCAGUUUGGAUUUCACCCUUAGUAAAUCAGUUUUCAGCCAGUGGUCAUUCAUUCUAUCCCAGCCUCAUAUUGGGGUUUCCCCCCUUCUAUUUUAGCCUUAUGGUUAUAAACUGGCCAUCAUAAAUAUGGAUUGUAUGACUCUACAAAAAUGCAUGAAUAUGCAAUAGUAACUAAGCUUAUAAGGCACAGUAAACAAAUAUGAACUAAUCAUAGCCGGGAGAGCAGGGGGGUAGCUAAAUCAAGUAAAUAAACUAAAAUACUUAACUAACUGACCAGUCACGCCACUGAUAGCUCAGUUCUGCCCCCUCCAACAUAAAUCCUGCCUCCCUAACAUAAAUCCUGGCUAUGCCCAUGAGCAGGAGGUCUGAAGGAUGCAAUAGAUAGUUAGGAGCAGUGCUUUUUUCUGGGGGGACGCAUACCCCUAAACAUUUUGUGAAUCUUUGUACUUUUGUCCAUUUACUGUAUUUAUUUUCCCCAGUUCGAACUAUAAAAUGGUGAUUUUCUUGAGUCAAAAUGAGAGUACCCCUAAACAUUCUUUUAGAAAGAAGGCCCUGGUUAGGAGGGACACUGCCUCAUUCCUUGAAAUGGUCUUCUAAAGAUCACGGGCUGACAGUUAAGGGCAUUUUUCAUCCCACUGUUUGUCCGUUGUUUAAGAGAUUGAUAACCCCAAUAAAUUACUUUGUUCUUAGAUCAGGACGUACAAGACUUCCUGCACACUGUGUACAGAGAAGUGACCAACUCAAGCCAAACCCCUGUGGUGGCACAGCUGGCGUGUGCCCUCUUUGUUCAAGCCGGAACGCAUCUUUUGCCGCCAUUUGUUCAGCAUGCUGCACUCUGGGCAAACAACACCGUACACCAGGCUAACUUCAGCGAGCCUAACAGGACCGCGGCUCAGAUAAAUGAAUGGUUUGCCACAAGCACUGGAGGUAAAGUGACAAUGCUCCCCUCGCCCACAGUUGUGCCAUGCAGUUUUUAAAUGCAGAACUUUAGCACCAGGACUUUGAGAUGUCAGCUAAGCAGACUGCAGGAGACCUUCGGUCUGGGACCCAGGUUGAUAAGAAGCACAUUGGGGGUGGGGAGAGAACAGCUGCUAUCAUGGUAGGAAUAUGAGAAGCUGGCUUGUACCGAAUCAGACCACUGGUCCAUCUCGCCUCAUUACUGUCAUCACUGGUAGGCAGCACUUUUGCAUGGUUUUAGGCAGGAUCCUCUCCCACCUGUAUGUCCCCAGCUCUAUUUGAAUAGACUAAAACCAAACAGAAAAUCACAUCUAUUUCUGAGUAUCCUUUUCAAAUACGGUGGUACCUCGGGUUACAUACGCUCCAGGUUACAUACACUUCAGGUUACAGACUCUGCUAACCCAGAAAUAGUGCUUCAGGUUAAGAACUUUGCUUCAGGAUGAGAACAGAAAUUGGGCUCCUGUGGCGCAGCAGCAGCUGGAGGCCCCAUUAGCUAAAGUGGUGCUUCAGGUUAAGAACAGUUUCAGGUUAAGUACAGACCUCCGGAAUGAAUUAAGUACUUAACCCGAGGUACCACUGUACAAGUGAUCAAUGUGACCUUUGCUACAGGAUUUCCCUCAAUGACUGUUCUCUUUUCCUUUGCAGAUGGAGAAACAAGUUACCUAUCCUUGGAAACUCUUGAUUCUCCGCUUAACCAGAUAGCUGUGGUGAGCGUGAUGUCCUUCAAAAGCACUUGGCAAAGGAAAUUCACCUUCACAGAUACUCAGACCUUGUCCUUUACAACUACAGAGGGCCUCACCCUGAAAGUGCCUACUAUGUAUCUCAGCGCAGAAGUCAACUAUGGUAAUUAUAUUGGGGAGGGAUACAAACCACACAGACUGUCCACACGCAGUUUCUCGGCAAUGCAUACAGAGUAUCAUAGAAUCGUAGAAUUGUAGCGUUGGAAGGGACCCUAAGGGUCAUCUAGUCCAACCCCCUGCAAUGCAGGAAUCUCGGCUAAAGCAUCCAUGACAGAUGGCCCUCCAGCCUCUGCUUAAAAACCUCCAAGGAAGGAGAAAACAAUGGUGAAAGCUGUGCUCCUCUGUCAGUUUCCUCUGCAGCAGCAGAGGCGUGUGUUUUUGCUUAUUGAGAUCUAAUGGAUCCAGAGCCUUAAAAAUCAGGCCUAUUUGACAGCCAAAAGCUUUUAUACUGACAGCCAAGGAGAGGUGCAAAUGGAUAUGUUGCAUAGCUAUUAUCUUGCAUGUGUCAUUGUGAAUAUACUGUAUUUUUUGCUCUAUAAGACUCACUUUUUCCCUCCUAAAAAGUAAGGGGAAAUGUGCGUGCGUCUUAUGGAGCGAAUGCAGGCUGCGCAGCUAUCACAGAAGCCAGAACAGCAAGAGGGAUUGCUGCUUUCACUGCGCAGUGAUCCCUCUUGCUGUUCUGGCUUCAGAGAUUCAGAAUAUUUUUUUUCUUGUUUUCCUCCUCCAAAAACUAGGUGCGUCUUGUGGUCUGGUGCAUCUUAUAGAGCGAAAAAUACGGUGUAUGUUGCUGCUUGAUUGCAAACUUUGUAAGUUUGGUUUAACGGAGAGAGACAGAGAAAAGCACGCUCCACGUAUUUCCCCCUCCUUGGUCUGCCUUGCAGUUGCAGCACUGAGCUUUUAGGGAAAUAACUAAGCCUCACUUACUCUGAGGAAUGCGGGUGGCACUGUGGUCUAAACCACAGAGCAUAGGGCUUGCUGAUCAGAAGGUUGGUGCGACGGGGUGAGCUCCCAUUGCUCGGUCCCAGCUCCUGCCAACCUAGCAGUUCGAAAGCAUGUCAAGUGAAAAGUAGAUAAAUAAUGUACUGCUCCAGCGGGAAGGUAAAUGGCGUUUCCGUGCGCUGCUCUGGUUCACCAGAAGCGGCUUAGUCAUGCUGGCCACAUGACCCAGAAGCUGUCUGCCUCCCUCAGCCAGUAAUGGUCCGGGGUCCCUUUACCUUUACACUUACUCUGGGAGCAACCACUUCUACCUUUCGGGAAAGAGCUGUCAUUCUCAGAGUAAACAAGAGCUGCCUGUUUCUCAAAAAACCUGCUAUGCUUGCCACUCCACUGUAUGAGUUGUGCAUCAGCUUCACCCUGAAUUGGCUUCAUGACCCGUAGUGAUGUCCUGAAACUCAGAAUCCCAUUACAUUGCAUUGCCAGCAGACCUUUGAAAAAGCCAAAAGGGCAGAGAAGCAGCUACAAAAGCAGAAUGCAGGCACGGAAAUGCCAAUGUUACAUUAUUUUUGUUGCUGUCAUUACUACAAAAGUGCUUUCCGAUUAAUCUUAACCGCUGAGUCACUUGAAUAGUCCUAAACAAACAUUUCCCCCCCAAAACACAGGUGAAUUCCUACUGGACUCUCUGGAACGGGUCAGUGUGGUUCAACUGCCCUACCUGGGGGAGGCAGUCAGUAUGUUUGUGGUGCUUCCAUCUGACAGGAGAACAUCUCUAGCUGAGAUCGAGAGAUACCUCUCAGCCCGAAACUUCCCGUUGUGGUCCAACAGCCUGAGAAGAACAAAGAUGGACCUAUUUCUCCCCAGGUAAAGGUUAGAUGUACACACAUUUGCCUGGCCUUUUUGGAAUUUGAUCUUUGGUUGUGGAGAGAGGAGGUGUGGGUAUGCGUGAACACAACUGUAGGGAUUGACAACAUUAUUAUGAACAGGAAAUGAUGAGUAAAGUUGGGGUGGCUGGAAUUGUAAAAAAACAGAGAAGAAAACUAGCUUUUAUGAGAGUCAGUUGGGGUGAGAGGAGAGGGGGGACGAGUAGAAGUGUAAUGCACAUAAACCAGAAUCUCUAAGGGUUUCCUAAGUGCUCCUUUAGUUUUAAACCAUUUAGCAGACUUACAAGAUGGGUUUUAGAUUACGAACAGUGAAAUAUUCUCGGAGUGUGGAUUUAAUGCUCUUUAUUCAGCUCAUAGUAGUGAGGAAUGAAUGUUCCCCCCAAAUAUCUGCUUUAUAUACAUUAUUUACACAAUGGGCUGCACAUGAUUGGCUAAUUCCGGGAUUCUCCUGUAGGCCAAUUAGGUUGUGGAUUCACUUCCACCUGGAGCUGUAUUGGGUGUCUCCUGCGGACCAAUCAUACUGCUGCAUUGUUCUAGGACCAAUCAGACUGCUGCAUUCUGAAUCCUAUUGUUCUAGGACCAAUCAGACUGCUGCAUUUUGGAUCCUAUUCAACUCAGUACAUAACAAACAGGUUUAGAAAACUGGCAGAUGAAAUGCUUUUGCAUUCGCAGAGUUGAGACAAACAGCAAUAAAUAAGCUGUGCAGACGAAAUGUCAUGCACCCGUAUUUUACCUCAGCAACAUUGGUAGUAGUCAUAAUGCAUGUAAUUUCCACAUUAUAGAAGCCAACUCAGAAUACAAAUGAUCCAUAGGAGCCUUGUCAGAAAGUAACUGGGAAGUAAUUGGAAUGCUUCAUGCCUGCAUCCUCUUGCAUACAUGAUUACAUCCCAUUCUGGAUGGCACUUUGCUAGCACAUCUUAUGGUUCCAUCAUAAUAUUGCAUUGCUUUGUUUUUCUGUCAUCGUUUUGUUUCACUGAAUAAAGAAAUAUUGUAUUUCUCAACUGAUGGCUAUGAUAAACUGCUGGGGUGAAAUUGGUCUUUUAAGUAAAUACAUACAAACUAAAGGAGUACAGCGUCAAAAUCUGUGAGUGAGGAUGGAAAAGAGAUGCAGAGACCACCAGUGUGGCUUAGUGUUGUGGGAGUGCUUCUGAUUUUGUCCCUGGGUGCAAUUCUCCUUCUGAUUUUGAGUCCUCAUGCCUUGGAGAACAGGAGUCUCAACCCAGGGCCACGUAAAUUGUCAUGGCUUUAUUCCUGUAAACAGGUGGGUUAUAAUAAGGAGCAAAACAAAGAUGGGGGCAGCUUGCAAGUAGCAUGUCUAAAUGUCCACCCAUCGAAAUUUCAGGUUCAGAAUUGAAAACCACUUGGACCUGAAAAUGGUUUUGCCUACAUUAGGAAUUACAGACAUGUUUGAUCCAACUAUGGCCAAUUUUAAAGGGAUUUCAGGUAAGUCUCACACGCCUUGUUAGUGUGUUGGAUCCCCUUGUCCAUUUUGUGGCAGUGAUUCAGGGCAACAGGUCUUUCCAACUGGCAAAGUCAAAGUCAAGGGUCCACAUGGUUGGGCAUCUUCUGAGGACCAACAUCCCAGCAGAGGGCCUCCUAACCAAAGCCCUGUGGACCUCUUUUCCAGCUUGCUCCCUUUCACUCUAGUUCAGACAACCAGGGUAAACACCACUACCUGCUUGUUUCCUCUUGGCUUGGCCAGCCAGCGGAGGAACCCUUGCUGAAUCAGCCCCAAAGCCCAUCUCACUCAUCAUUCUGUUCCCACUGUGGCCUCCCAGAUGCCCACUGGGGAACCCACAACCAGUCCUCUCCCUCUCAAUAUCCCCAGCAAUUCAGAAGCAUUUUGUUAUUCCACCUGGAGGUAAUAAAACCAUGGAGAUUAUCUGCAGGAGGGCCUUUGGUCGUUCCCUGAGUUGGCGAUGUUCACUUAACAACAAGAAGAAACCAAGCCUUUAGUGCCAUUGGCCCAAUCCUGUGGAACACGCUGCCAGUAGAGAUGCAGAGGGCUCUUUCUGUGCCAGUGUUUAAACGCGUGCUGAAAACCUUUCUGCUCUACUGAUGUCUGUUUUUAAUUUCUUUUCGCUUUUAACUUUUCAUGACUUUAUCAUUGGGCUUCAUGUUUUUAUAUUGCUGUAAACCACUGUGAUAUGUCUUUCUGAAACAGCAGUACAUCAGUGGAUCUAUUUCCCAUCAAUUUGUCUAGUCCCUUUUAAAGCCAUUCAGAUUUUAAAGCCAUUCAGUCCCUUUUAAAGCAUUCAGAGGCCACCAUUACAUCCUGCAAAUAAGGUCCAUCUUUUCCUGUGUUCUGACUCUUGCACCAUUCAGCUGUACUAGACAAAUAAGAUUUUCAGUAAAUAUGAAAGUAAGGUGUGGGUUGGGGCGUGGGUGGAGCUGUGGGUUAAACCACAGAGCCUAGGGCUUGCUGAUCAGAAGGUCAGCGGUUCGAAUCCCCGCGACAGGGUGAGCUCCCGUUGCUCAGUCCCAGCUCCUGCCAACCUAGCAGUUCGAAAGCACCUCAAAGUGCAAGUAGAUAAAUAGGUACCACUCCGGCAGGAAGGUAAAUGGCAUUUCCGUGCGCUGCUCUGGUUCGCCAGAAGCGGCUUAGUCCUGCUGGCCACAUGACCCGGAAGCUGUAAGCCAGCUCCCUCGGCCAAUAAAGCGAGACGAGUGCCGCAACCCUAAAGUCGGUCACGACUGGACCAAGUGGUCAGGGGUCCCUUUACCUUUACUUUUAAGGUUGUAUUGGCUUUGCGUUGACAACUGGAAUGACUAGUAAUGGUUUUCUUUGCUAGAACAAGAGCAUCUUUAUAUCUCAGAAGCUACCCACAGAGCAAGGAUUGAAGUGACGGAAGAUGGAACAAAGGCCUCAGGCACUACAGGUAAACCAGGUGGAGAUGGUUCUUGCAUUAGCCUUGAUAACCAGCAUAGGCUGAUUAUUUACAUUUAUUCAAUUCCUAAACCAUUGCCCUUCAGUCCCACAGAACUAAUUCCUCCAGUUUGCCAGUAGAAGGUUCUGGGAUGUUAUGUCCAUAAUGCUUGCAAGCAAUAUAGGGAGGAACUUACCCUAUUCAAACUGCAGUCCAAAUUCCACAUCAGAUGAUUAGUGGGUUCAGCAUGAGUUCAUUGCCAAAGAGUUAUUUCUCAAGCAGAAUAGUGCAAAGGUGGGAUGGGCUUAGGGCAACUGCACAAAAGUGCCUAGCUUGACAAAAAAGCCACCCUGUUACCUAUGCUGAUAUUGGCAAACCAUUUCUGUUGUAGUCCAUUUCACAAGGGAGAAAGCUCUUCUCAAGCCUCCCUCCCUUCAGAGGAUGAAAUUGAUUACAUCAGAAAGCAUAGCUACAUAAUUAAAUUUAAUCAUUACAGACAACCAGUGAUAUGAGGAAUAAAGCUCCACAUGGAGUUAGUUGGAAGUCACUUUUUUAUUUUUCAUUUUAUUUUUUCCGAUUGUAGUUUAUGUUAUGUUUAUAUCCUUGUAAUUUUGUUUUUUUUCCUUCUGUUUUUGUAUUAUAUGUUCGUUUUAUUCAGUGCUUGUUUGUAUGAUGUAUAAGCAUAAAUUUAAAUUUAAAAAUAAAAUAAAAUAAAGCAUGCCUCCGUGCCAACUUACCUUGGGAAAGAACAGGCAAGGGCCAAUGGAUCUACAUAAGUGCAAGGGCCCAGCCAGUAGCGUAUCCAACUUGUGAAUAUUCCCAGAGUUUGAGAACAUGGGCUGCAAAUAUGGGAACCAGCCCAGGAAGUGGCUUGGUGUUCAUCGGCCAUGACACCCACGUUCCUGCAGUUCACCUGAACAAUUCAGGGGUGGUGGCACCAACCACGACUGAUCAGGACAGACUUUUAUUUCAACGCUAGCGUGGUAAUUUUGACUUCUUGUGAGACUUCUGGCACUCCCUACUUGUUUGUUUUUUAACCACACAGCUAUGGUGUUGCUAAAACGAUCCCGGGCUCCUGUCUUCAAAGCCGAUAGACCUUUUAAUUUUCUCCUUAGGCAAGGCAGAACAGGUAAAUAUCAAUUAAAUUUAUCCGUAGAAGUUAUGAUGAUGAUGAUAGCAAAAUGCUAUUGCUUUCUUUAACACACUAUAUAGCUUGGAAGUCCAUAAAAGUUCACAAAACCAAAGAAAAUGAGCAUUGGGGAUUGCUUUCUUGAAAGCAUCACCACACCAAAGACUGGGUGUUAGUCUCCUAACAUAGGUGUAGCCAGGGAGGAUGAUACUUUCAAGGAUGCAAUUUCAGCCACAUUUAUUCUGAGCCUUAUGAAGAACUGCUCCCUUUCCCCCAUACCCUUCCCAAAUAAAUUGAUUGUAUUUCCCUUUUCACAGCAGGUUAAGAGAAUGCCCUAUUCAAAACCAUUUUCUUCCUUUUAUUGCUGUUGUGGUUAAUUAAAUUUUUAUACCCUUAAUCCGUAAAUCUCAGGACGGUUCCUUGGUUAGCUGUUCUUCCUUCUGUUAACCCAGUUAUAUAAAGUUAUAUAAUUUUUUUUGCUAGAAGUGAGGGCUGCUGAUGAACAUCUUUCCCAUUCCCAGUUUUCAAAUGUGACUGACUUUCAUUAAUCACCUCCACAUCCCCUCCCCACCCUGUUCUAUAAAAAUAAUUAAAUUUAAGUUGCAUCAGUAUGAGCAUUUAUAAAAUGAAGUUGAAGAAACUAAUAAUAAUUUCUUUUCUUUUUUUACAGGUUCAAUUCUGUUUAUAGGAAGACUUACAAAUCCUACUGAGUGA